UCAAGAAAUAAAAUUUUAGACUAUUGCCAAAUUUUACAAAAUCAGCAGUAAAUAGUUCCGUUUUCACCAGAUCUUUUUCAGUUGUAAUGCUAGGUAGUAAUUGUGUCGCCAUAUAAGUCCAUCAAAUGUGUUAGAUGAGAUAGAUGAGAUAGUCUACAUGGGUGUCAAAUAAUUUUCAUGGGUGGUACUUUCUGGUGUUUAGUAUUAUUUUUGAAAACAUGAAAGACAAACAGGAUAAACCAAAAAAAAUUGAAAAACAUAAUCAGAAUGACUUAGAUGAUUCACUCACUAUAGCUCAAACUGAGGAUAAUAGAAAAAAAUAUGAAAAACAAACAUUAGCAGCAUCAGCUAAAAUAAACCCCACUGCUAUAUAUACAGCUAAAAUAGAACAGCCUAAAAAUAAUAGAAUCGUAAAACAAGAAACCAAUGGAAAACCUAACACAGUUGCGCACAAAGAAAACACAACUGAAAAAGAUGAAGUACCCACAACAUCUAAUGCAUAUAAACCAGAAGGUGAAAAAGGAGUUAAGCGUGCAAAAAACAGUGAUUCAGAUAAUGUAUUGGAUGCUACAGAUGAAAUCGAAGUAGUUACCAAUGAGAAAAAGCGUUCGAAAGGUAAUACACAGAAUGAGUCAAAUAAUUCCUUGCAAGAAAGUGAUGACGACGAUAAGCGUAUAACAACUAUGGAACGUUAUGGCUUUAUCUUAGGCAAAGUAAUUGGAAGUGGGAACUAUGCUAGAGUUAAAAUGGCCUGGUCUAAGGAACGAAAAUGUCAGGUUGCCGUUAAAAUAAUUUCAAAACGCAGAUCGCCGGCGGAAUAUACACAAAAGUUCUUACCGCGCGAAGUUGACGCUGUGAAGGGACUACAUCAUCCAAAUAUCAUAAGAUUUUAUCAAAGUGUUGAAACAACUAGACGGGUGUACAUUGUCAUGCAAUAUGCUGAAAAAGGUACUUUACUUGAUUAUGUACGGGAAAAGCGCAAGCUGACUGAACUGGAAUCCCACAAGUACUACGUUCAACUAAUUGACGCACUAGUAUAUAUACAUAGUAAAGGCGUGGUGCAUCGUGAUAUCAAAUGCGAAAACCUGCUACUCGAUGCCAAAUCUAAUCUCAAAUUAAUAGAUUUUGGGUUUGCACGUAAAUAUGAAAAAAACGAGAAUCCAAAAGAUAAUUUGUCGAAGACUUUUUGUGGUAGUUAUGCUUAUGCUAGUCCCGAAAUUUUAAAAGGUGUGCCGUACAAUCCAUUUCAAUCAGAUAUUUGGGCAUGUGGGAUUGUACUUUAUGCCAUGACAUGCGGCCGUUUACCUUAUGAUGGUUCCAAUGUUCGUGUUAUACUGAAUAAAGCUGCUCAACCACUGAUAUAUGCAAGGAAUUCAGAGUUAACCGAGGAAUGUAAGCAACACACGAAAAUGCUAUUGUCUCCAUUAGAUACUCGCGCUACCUUAGCAGAGAUAAUAAGUCAUGCCUGGUUUAUACAGAAAUAAGUUUUACGAUUCUUACUAAAAAUAGAGAAUCAAAUAUCCGUGGUUAUAGAAAAUUUAAAAAUCAA